GACGGCGCGAAGGAAGUUUGUGUUUUCCUCCGGUGCGUUGGAUCACCUGUGGCAUGCUACGGAAUUGACGCACUUGGACGCGUUGGUUGCGUGAUUUUUGAGACGCCGGUCAGUGAAAUUUUGCACAUUUAUCGGAUUUGUGGCAGUGCUAUUGUUUUUUUAUCUGUUGCCAUUGAAAAAGGAUGUUUUAUGAAACGGCGCAAACUGUUGGACCCGGUUGGCAUAGAUCGUUUAAGCCUUCUCAUUACGAAGACAUGACGUGGUCUCCAUCAACCAGACAUUUUCGUUCCCCAGGCUCUAGUCCAGAAACAUACAGAAGGAUUACUCCUGAGAGUGACUUUCCUGACAGAACAAAAGCGUAUGAAGAUGAAUUCUUCAGUGGACGCCGAAGUCCAAGCUUUCCCCGUAGGAUAUUCAAAGAGUGGAAUGAUUCUCCAAGUUCAAAUCACAGAUUUUCUGAAAGACCUCGCAUGUUCAAAAGAGUGUUCAAGCCCAGUCACUGGGAUGAAGACAUUGAAUUUGAUCGUGAUGUUCCAAACCUACGUCGGGUGGAAAGAGAAUUUGAUAAUUUUGACGACAGUAGGCCUUCGUCAAGGAGAUUUGAUGACGAUUUUAGUAAAAGGUUUCGCGAUCAUGAUUUAGGAAAAGACAUUGAAGAAGAAUUCCAAAAAGCUGAAGGGAGAGUGCAUCAUAUACCAAUAAUGGUAGAAAGUAGAAUGGAAGAUUUAAAGUCAAGAUUCGGCAAAAAUUCACCUCCACCAGAUCGCAAUAAUGAGGAAGAUUAUUCUGAUGAAUGGGUUGGUCCUCAAGUACAACGACUAAGAAAAAACUUUGAGCCAGAAAAUUCCGGCCUUUCCUCUCGAUUUGGUAAUCAUCGUCAUCCACGUGAUAGCCAUGCAAAGCAAAGAGCUUUCCAAAAUACUAUUCCAGAAACGUGGGAUCCUCAUGCUGUCCACACUCUUCCUACCAGAAAAGUUCACAAAAGUUCUCAGAGCUUCGAUGAUUCAAGACAUCCAGUACCACCAAAAUCUGUGUUCCGAUCUUAUUCAGAGACACACGAAGAUGUACCCAGACCAUCGCAACAGCAUUCAGCAGCUUUCCGUUCUCACUCAGACGGCCAUUGUCCUAAUCAAACAUAUGUCACCAAAAUAGAAGUCAAUUUGCCAUCUGAGAAAGAAAGGGAAGACCUGCGGGCCAAAUACAGCCAAAGGCGAAACGAUACAUUUGACGAACAGGACAGGAAACGGGCAGAGGAUGCGACGCAUGUUUCAAAAAACCAAGAAAACGAAGCAAAUGAGACGCUCGGUUACGCUCCAGAAGCUACGCAAAGCUCCAAACCAAAAGGCAGAAACAAAUUCGACAGUCCAGCUCUUCAGCAAAUUGCUGUUGUUUUGCAAAACGUCGAGGAUCUGAUAGUUCGAGUUGAAUCAUAUAAUGGGACAGGCCGUGACAAGCAGUUUCGCUUUCUUGAUGAGAUGUUAACAAGAUGCAUGUUACGCUUGGAUGAUGUCGACACAGAAGGACGAGAAGAUGUUCGCAACGCACGAAAAGCGGCUGUCAAGGAAGUUCAAUCGUGCAUUGAUAAAUUAGAAGCCAAAGCAGAUCAGAGAGAAAGUCAACGCCAACAUAGUAAUUCUUCCCAACACACGGAAUCUGAGAAUAAUGACCAAACUAAUGUAAAUACACAAAAAUGUAUUCCGUUGCCUCCGCCUGAACACUUGAUGCCUAAAAGUAGCAACAUUGAGAAGAGUGACGAUGAGGGAAAAAGUGAUAAUGAAAAGUCAGAAAAGAAUAGUCCAGAUGAAACACCAAAAAGUAGCAGUGAAGAAAACGAAGGUAAUGAGGAAAAAGUUACGAGUGGUGAAAAAGAAACUGCUCAAUCUGGUGAUAAUGAACAAACAAAAUUGUAAAAAUUGACAAGCAUGAAACACCUUUGCCUUUCAAUUCUGUGCAGCACAAUAAAAGUUGCCUUAAUCUUUGGUAGAAUGUAAAACUUGAAUAUUUUGUUUAUCCAUCAAAGCAGGUGUAAGUACAUUUAUCUGUGACGUCUCAAUAAAUAAUAAAUUAAAUAUUUUGCGUUUAAGGAAUACAUUAAUCAAUAUUUGCCACUUUUUUUUAUUAUUUUUAAACUCCUUAUUUAAGCAAAAUUUCUUUCAAAGGAAAAUAGAAGCAAGAAAUAAGAUUGGAUAUAGAAAAAGUGAGUUUGUUAAUCACGAAGAAUAGGGGGAUCAAGUUUAUGUGGGUUAGACAAAUGUAAAUCUAUUUUACUAAUGCGUAACCCACUAUAAAUUUACUUUUCAGAUUUUUUAAAACUGAUUUAAAUAUCAUACAUAUAAGUAAAACAUACUCUAAAUUAAAGUUCAAUAAAAGUAAAAAAGAAAAAAAAUGAGUAAAAUCUGUUCAGUU